ACAUCAGUCUUACGAGGGGGCAUGGUCAGAGUGUUACCGCAGGCUCGAGAGGAAAUCAGUCUCUCUGCGCGUUCAUCUGCAAACAGCACCGAGAUAAACCACUUCAGGAAGUUUAUUCCAUCGGAAUCCGGUGCCAGGUUUUGUUUGUAACCAUGGAUUUACGAACUUUUUCAGUGCAUGAUGGGCUAAAGUGAAGGAACCAGCAUGGCGGGGCAGUUCACACUCACCCAGCUUUCAGGUGGAAACCCAUUAUAUGAAAAGUAUUAUCGUCAGAUCGAUUCAACAAACAGUGGGAGAGUUGGAGCAGCAGAAGCUGCCUCAUUUCUGAAAAGGUCUGGCCUGUCAGAUCUCGUACUUGGAAAGAUAUGGGAUUUAGCUGAUGCAGAUGCAAAGGGCUUUUUAAAUAAACAGGAAUUUUUUGUUGCCUUAAAGCUUGUAGGGUGUGCACAAAAUGGACUUGAAGUCUCUUUGAAUAGUUUAAAUCUUGCAGCCCCAGCACCUAAAAUUAAUGAUAGAAGCAGUCCGUUACCGAAUAGUGGAUCAGCACCUGUUGAUGUUCCCUGGGCUGUGAAGCCUGAAGAAAAGUCGAAGUAUGAUAUAAUUUUUGACAGCCUUAAUCCUGUGAAUGGUUUUCUGUCUGGUGAUAAAGUGAAACCUGUGCUUCUCAACUCUAAACUACCUGUGGAUGUCCUGGGAAGGGUCUGGGAUCUUAGUGAUACCGAUCGUGAUGGUUUAUUAGACCGUGAUGAAUUUGCUGUUGCCAUGUACUUGGUUUACCGUGCUCUCGAGAAGGAGACUGUGCCAUUUUCGUUACCACCUACCUUAAUACCUCCAUCAAAGAGGAAAAAAGUUAGCGUUCCACCCUCGGUGCCACUUAUUCCGUCUCCUCCUUCUGCCAAGGAAAGCCGACAAUCCUUACCUCCUGUGGGAAUUCUACCUACCAAAACGCCAGUAACCCAGCCCAUUAAAUGGGUUGUAACACCAGCCGACAAAACAAAAUAUGAUGAAAUCUUCAUGAAAACUGACAAAGAUCAGGAUGGGUUUGUCUCUGGAGUAGAAGUAAAGGAUUUCUUUCUCACAACGGGUUUGGCUCCAGCUACCUUGGCUCGUAUCUGGGCACUCUGUGAUAUAAAUGAUUGUGGAAAGCUUUCAAAGGAGCAAUUUGCCUUGGCUCUACAUUUAAUAAAUCAGAAGCUAACAAAAGACAUUGAUCCACCUCAGGUUCUUACUGCAGAGAUGAUGCCUCCUUCUGACAGUGCACAAAAGAAUGGAGGUUCUCUGAAUAAUGUAGCAGAUUUUUCAGCCAUCAAAGAACUUGAUUCUAUACACAAUGAAAUAGCCGAUCUUCACAGGGAGAAAAGCAGUGUGGAAGUGGAAAUCAAAGAAAAAGAGGAGGCAAUCAAGCAGCGAACGAGUGAGGUCCAGGAUCUCCAGGAUGAAGUUGACAAGGAAGGUACAAACUUACAGAAAUUACAAGAGCAGAGGCAAGAAGUACAGGAUGUGCUCAAUGGCUUGGAUCAACAGAAAAACAAACUGGAAGAGCAGCUACAUGAUAUCAGGGAGAAAUGCACGGAAGAGGCACAUUUGAUUGCAUCACUAAAGACUGAGAUAUCAAAUCAGGAAUCCCAGAUAUCAUCUUGUGAGGAAGAGCUGAUGAAAGCACAGGAAGAACUAAAACUACUGCACCAGGAGACAGCAGAGCUGGAAGAGCAAAUGGAGGCAAGUCAUGCCCAUUUGGAACCUAUGCAACAAACUCUUUGGGCAUCCCAUCAGGAAAUUAAUCUGGUGAAAUCCAAGUUGUCUGAGCUGCAUGAUAAUGAGGAAAGCUUCAACGAUCAACUCAGGUGGCAGAGUCAUCUGCAACCUAUUGUCAAUGGUAGCAUUGAGCACUCUGAUCUCAACAACAGUGUGAGUGAGACUGCUGACCGGAAGGAAAAUACAGAGAGGCAAAGCCCAGUGGAAAAAGAAGAGAUCAUUAAUGAGCCUAUGGCCAACAAUAGCGUUAUUGAAGACACCCUCAAUAGAGCGCUUAUCACGAAAACGGAACAGAUUGAAAUUCAACAACCCAGUCUUACAGAAAAGGAAGAUCCUUUUGAUAUGAAAGCUAGUGAAUACACCAGCAGUAUUUCAGACCCAAACCUAGACUUCUUUCAAACAGAUCCUUUCACUGGCAGUGAUCCCUUUAAGGAUGAUCCAUUUGGAAAGGUUGACAUUGCAGCAGAUCCUUUUGGAGGUGAUCCUUUUAAAGGCACAGAUCCUUUUGCAGAUGCCUCGGAUAACUUCUUUCAACAGUCUGCAAGUGACCCAUUUACAGCCACAGAAGCUGAUCCUUUCAAUGCUACGUCAACCAACACUAAUGUAGAAUCUACAGAAGCAAUAAAUGGCAAUGAUCCAUUUGCUCCAGGUGGUGGGACAGUCUCCUCCGCUGCUGAUGCAGUUACUGAUCCCUUUGUCUCAGCAUUUGGAAAUGAUUCAUUUGGAAGUGGGUUUGCAAAUUUUAAUACAUUAUCGCAGUCCAACCAAGCAGAUCCCUUCAGUUCUGCUCCAGGAGCAGAACCUGGCAAAGAUGGCUUUGGAAAAAAUAUAUUCACAGAAGAUGCCAUAAAAAAUGAAGAGUUGCCUCCAGCUUUACCACCAAAAAUUGGUACUCCAACAAGACCUCCACCUCCACCACCUAGUAAAAGACUUUCCCUUGUUAAGUCAGAAUCGAACGACUCCUUCAAGUUAAAUGAUCCUUUCCACCCAUUUAACUCGGGGGAUUCAUUCCAUGAAGAGAAACAACUUGAUCCAUUUGCUCCUACUUCUCCAAGUAAAGUUAUUGGAGACAACCCAAAUUUUGCAAACUUCAAUACUCUCUCUUUUUAAUGUUUCAGUAUCCCAGCGAGGAAGACCAGAUAGAGUGGGCCAAAAGGGAAAGUGAACGAGCAGAGGAGGAGCGACUAGCCAGAUUAAACCAACAAGAACAAGAGGAUUUGGAACUAGCUAUAGCACUUAGUAAAUCUGAAAUAUCUGAAGCAUGAUGUGCUCCUUCACAAUUAUUGGUUGCCUUGACUCGCCAAACCAAUGAUGUUCUUACUAAAGUGUUUUCCAUAGAAGCUACCUAAAGUAAACUUGGAAGUACUGGAGACUCUGACUUCUUGACAUGAAAUUAUUUGUUUGUUACUGAAAAGAUCAGUAUGGUGAAACUUAUUAAUUCAGUACCAUUAAAUAACCUUUAUCCUGUAUAUUAAACAAAUGCAACGUACAAACUAAGUACCGAGGUAAAUUUGGAUUAAAUGCAGCCAAUUCAAUUCUAAUAAUACUAUUUUGCUUUAUUGGGUAACGGAGCCUAUCAUCUCAGCAGCUUCCUGUUUAAAUAAUAUUGUUUAAUAGAAUACUUGUCAUUGAACAGCUGUAUAUAUUACACCUACUUAGUUACAAAGUAGAUUUAAAAAUCAUAACCUUCGAGUGUAGCACAUUAACUGUUUCUGUAACCACCAAUUGCUGGCAAUAUAUAACUGUAUAGAGCAUAUGUUUCAGCUUACCCUCUGAAACUGCUGCUGUAAGUUAAACGUGCACUGCUAAACUUUUUACUGGCUUUAUUUUUUUAAACUUAUCUGUUUAUAAAUUUUAAGUGACAUUCCUUUUAUGUUCAUGCUGACUGGAAGAAUAAAUAAACAAAUUGUAAGCUUAUAUAAAGAUAUUCUGUUCAAUCCAUUGAAAUAUGGUAUACAUUCAACUCUGCCUCAAAGAUGAAGGUCUGCAAGCACAGUCUAGAAACCAACAGGGUUUACUGUUUUUUUUAAUGUCCUUUUCCAAAUCUAACUUGCAUUUUUUUUUUUUGCAUUGAAGAUGUCUAACUCGUUUAGCAUGUAGCUUUCUAUUAACCAAUGUCAACAUCAAAAAUAUAAUAUGCUAUGCCAAGUUUUUGGUUUUUGUACACUCAUUCUCAUUACCACCACAUUUCCUUCUUUACCACCUUUUCUCACUAUUCUGAAAGGGUAUCCAGUAUUUAAAAAAAGGACAUUUUCUCAUGCCGUUCUUAUUUGCUACCCGUUUACUUUUUUUGUUGAACUUGCAAAUAUAAUUUCCUAUAUAAUAGAAAUAUACCUAAUACAACUGAAAGCAUUAUUAUAUUUGUGUUUUCUUGUUUCAAGGCCCUCAGAACUGUAUUUUGACAUUUGUGGUUAUCCACUUUCCUGAGUGAAGGAUCAUCUAUGGCCAUAUAUAUUUAUUGAUAUGUUUCUGUGAAGUUUAUUCAUUGACUGUUUCUAUAUUUCUAAUGUACCAUUCUAAUGUAUCAUUAUAUCUGGCAGUUUUGUUGUGAAUAUCCCAUUGCAAAUACUUAUUACUAUCCAUCUUGGUUCAGCUAUUCCCUUUUUUGCUGAUUUUUUUUCCCAUUGUGUCAUACUUUUUAUUUCAAAUAUUUUAUUUUAUUUGCCAACAUCUUUUAUACUACUCUCUUGGGUUUUGACUUUUGCUUGUUCCCCUUUAAUGGGAUCCCUAUUUUAUGGAUUCAUAUGUUUUUAUAGAUAUUUUGCUUUUGUGAUCAUUUUUUUAAAUUCUUACACCCCAUUGUUUUAAUUGCUUUUUCAGAUGCUGCUCACUUGAUAAAGAUGGUUGAUGCUAUAUAUUGACGAGCAUCUUCCAUCUUUAUCUAUAACCAUCAAAGGAACAAUUAACUUAAAUUUAAAAAAAAACUGCAUAUGCUGGAAGCUGAAAAAUAAACAAUAUGUGAAUUAC